GCUGCUCAUUUACUUUUUUUUAUUUAUAAACGAAAAAGGCACUAUCUCCUGAUGAUACUGAUCAUCCACGUGUUGCUAAUGUUGUUAAGUAUAGGUAGGACUUUAGGAGUAAUUAAUCCGAACAAAUAAUGCAUGCUUAGUCAGCUUGGAGUACUUAACUCGGUUUUGUCCAGCAACAGGUGAGCCACUGAACAGCUGCAAACGCCUCCUCUCCUAUAAACUCCUCACAGUGCACAGCCCACAACGUCAUCGUGUUCGUCCUUAGCUUAGCUAGGACUAGGAGUAGUAGCUACCUAGCUGAAGCUUAGCUGCCUAGUGGGGAGUAGCUUAGCUUAGCUAGCUAGCUAGCUAUAGGCGAGAUGCUGGGCUGCUUCUCCCGGCUGCGGCGGCCGGCGUCGGCGGGGGCGGCGCCGGCGCCCAUGGCGCAGUCUGACGACGCGUCGACGUCGACCUCGGCUGGCGGCGGCGGCGGCUGCACCGCGGAGACCUCGCCGUGCUCCUCGUCCUCCUCGCUCCGGUGCAAGAACUCGGGCGGCGUCGGCGGUGAAGACGACGACGAUGGUGUCGGCGGCGGCGGCGCCGUCGUCGCUGAGAACGCCUCGGCGCUGUCCGACUCCGGGCUGUCGUCGGCCAUCGCGUCGCGCCGGUUCUUCCUCUCCUCGCCCGGCAGGUCCAACUCCAUCGUCGACUCGUCGGCGCACGGCGCCGCCGUCGGCGUGGGCGCGGCCGGGGUGGCGGUGCCGACGUACUCGCCGGACCCGCACGCCGACUUCCUCAGGUCGAUGGAGGAGAUGGUGGCGGCGCUGCGGCUGGACGCGCGCCGCCGCGGCGACAGGGCGCGGCUCCACGAGCUGCUCCUCUGCUACCUCGCGCUCAACGACCGGCGCGCCCACAAGUACGUCGUCAGCGCCUUCACCGACCUCCUCCUCCGCAUCACCGCCGCCGCCAACCUCGACGACGGCGAGCCGCCGCGCCAUGGCCGCCACCUGCACGAGUCACAUUGAACCCUUUUGCUUUCUUGAUUUCUUAAUUCUCUUCCAUUUUUUUGAUUUUUUUUUGGGUCUCACUUUUCUAUUUGAAUUGCUGCGUACGAACAGAUUUUUGGUACGAGAUUCUUCGAACGAUCGACUGAAAAUCUCGUUGCAUGCAAAAUCGCAAGCAAAAUGUUUUGUACUCUAAAAUGUCGGGGUCGUCUAGCUAGCUGUAAAUAUGUCUGGAAAUUUCGUACCAAAGUUCAGUUCGUAUGCAAAAGCUUUUCACUUUUUCUAAGGCGUGAGCGUGUUGGUGAAGACAGUAUGAUAUCGGCUUCCCCAAAUGUGCUGCUUUGUGUUUGCCUUUUUGGCCAUCUUUGUGAGUCAUCUUUUCACUGUUUCGCUCAUUUCAUCUUUCCUGCUCUCUCUCUCUGCUGGUUAUCUGAACUUCCUACUAAUUAUAAGGCUGAAUUUGUUGUUGUGUGGUUGAUGUUGUAAUAAGCUGUACUAACCAUUAUGAUUGCUACUAGUACUAAAUAUUUGGGAUGUGUAUGUACAAUCUUAUUGGCUUUCCAUCACAAUCUCUGCCACUAAUUGUAUAUGUCUUCAGAGAAUUCAGCAUUCUGUUUACUUCUUACCUGUCCUUAUCAGUGUUAACACAAGUUGUAAACUACCCUGUAAACGAGGUCUCUUCCCUUGAGAGGAGUGAGGUCCUCUUUGGAUCCAGCCACAGUUGGCAAUAAUAAAAGCAGGUGCCGUGCAAAACAGAAAA